UUGACUGCAUCCAGUUGAAAGUGCCAGUCAUCCAGCAGCUGUACCACUGGGACUGUGGGCUAGCCUGCUCCAGGAUGGUACUACAAGGAACAUGAGCUUAGGUGCAGGAGAAAUACCUAUUUAGAUGUCCACUUAGUAGAUAUGAAGCAGAAGAUUUUCAUUUCUCUCCAUCCCUACUGCCAAGACGUUAGUCCGUGUGCUGGUACCUGAAUCAUUUGGACAAUGAUGAAUUUCAGAAAGCGAUCCAGGAACUCCGGUUAACAAAGAGUAUCUGGACCAUUGACCUGGCUUACCUUAUGCGACACUUUGGUGUUAAGCAUAAAUUUUGCACCCAGACACUUGGCGUGGACAAGGGCUACAAAAACCAGUCAUUCUACAGGAAGCACUUUGACACAGAAGAGAAUCGAGUGAAUCAGCUCUUUGCACAAGCCAAAGCCUGCAAGGUGCUGGUGGAGAAGUGCACAGUAACUGUUCAAGACAUCCAAAAACAUCUGUCCCAAGGUCACAUAGCCAUCGUCCUAGUGAACGCAGUUCUGUUACUGUGUGAUCUUUGCUCAAGUCCUGUCAAAUACUGCUGCUUCCUCCCCAUCGGGCAGAAGUGCUUCUGCAGGAAUCCUGACUACCAGGGUCAUUUCAUCGUGUUGUGUGGCUACAACAAAGCCUCAGGGAGCAUUUACUACAACAACCCUGCCUAUGCUGACCGAACAUGCAGCACCAGCAUCAGUAACUUUGAGGAAGCCAGGACAAGUUACGGCACAGAUGAGGAUAUUCUCUUUAUCUACACAGACAGCUGACGUCCACACCUGAUACUUCCAGUCAUUUCUGGUGCAGCCUGCAUGGCAGCUGGCUGCUUGUCUCAGGACCCCCCCUCUGCAGAGACCUUGCUUCUGAAUUGCAGUGGGAUCUUCAACAAGGGAGGCUUUAUAGACAUUGAUAGGACUAUAUUGCAAUGCUGUCUUCAUCUUUUUAUUCCUGAUGAAUUAUCUGAUUUUGCAAUGUAUGUCAGACAUUUUUUCCCCUUUUUAAUACUGCACAUUUGACAGCAGUUUUAAAAUGCAGGCCCAGAGUCUAUUGGCUUAAGAUUAUUUUCCAAUUAAACACAUGAGAAAAAAGCAACAGGUUUAUGAACUUAAACACUUAGGAAUACAUGCACAGAUUUAGGUAAACAAAACCAGGGAAAAAUAGCAAAUACCUGUUUCUCUCUUUCUUUCAAAGCCUCAGGGCUGAUCUUCAUUCUAAAUCUAGAAAUCGGAAGUUCAGCGGGAUAUUGUGGAAGGAAAAAACUUAAGCCAACAAAGUAUUUUCACCAUUUAAAUGUGGUUUAUCAACAUUGUCUGCACUGUAGGACUGAAACACAUUUACUCAAGGAAACCUCCCAUUUCUGAAAUUCACCUUAAACAGUUUUAGCGUUUAUGUCACUGAUUAAGUUCUGAAGUGUACCUAUUGGUACUGUUCCCUUGCACUACAUACUUAGUGUCUUUUUUGACUUAACUCCUCUAGGAAUGACUGCCCAGAGCUCUAUAUUAUCCCAAAAGAUUAAGCGAGGACUUUUUAUUUAGCCUUAAGAGUCUUUCUGGUUCUUUGCAAGAACUUCUGUAUGUUAUGCCACCUACAUGUGCCAGUUUUUACAGUAUCCAGUCUAAAUACAAACUUUAAACUGAUUAAACAAAUACAGAAAAUGAUUGUCCGCAAACUAAUGUUAUACAUUUUUUAUGAGUAAUUUUUAAACACCUGACAGAAGAGACCAGACUUCAACUCAAAGCCUGAAUUGUAAUUUGAGACCACACUUUGCUGUUGAUAUUAAUUUAGUGACCUAAGAAGAGCUGAAACUAAUGAAAAAUUGGGGAAUACAGACUUUUCCUGGCUGAAGUAAAAAGGCAGGAACUCAGGUUUUCUAGCUCUUCUUACACUACCGCUGUUUGGCUUAAAUUGCAACUGCCCUCUGUGUUAAUACCUUUUUGAGUUAAAUUAUUAGAUACCAGCCCAUUCACAAUCCUUUCACGUAUUACCUUAGUUUACUUACUUUGAGGAGGAGCACUGUAAAGUGUAGGAAAUAUCCAUUUAAUUCAGACUUAGCCAUCACAGUUUCCUACAUGUCUUAAAUCGCCAGUCCUGCCUAUGUUAAAAUUGGUAGAAAAAGAAAUGUUAAUACUAAAUUAAAGCUAACAAAAUUUUGUUUUGCACUUAAGGUGAAGAUCCCACACCUUUGGCAUGGUUUUAAGAAUAGAACUGUGUAGAAUAACAACAAAAAGACAUUGCUACUUAGUGGUGUAAAUAAUAAAUAGGAAUCGCUACUUCCAGCAUGAUAAAAAGAUAACAUUUGUAAGAGAAAACAUUUUCUUCCAUCAGUUGCUGACUUACUGAAAAGUACCUGGGAAGGAGCCAAAAAGGCUAAAAAACAACAACAACAACAACAGAUGUUAAAAAUGCAGCAGCCUUUAAAAAGUUUUGUCAAAAGCACAUGACAAGAAACUUAUUGUAUAUCUGAUUUUGCUUAUUGUUGUCCAAGUUGGAACACAUUCUGGACCUUGUACAUGCCAAGAUAACUAAAAAUUAGGGUGCGAGUUGUGAGCAGUAGAACCAGUACACUAGUGCCAUCAGUAGAAUCCCAGAAAAAGACCAGAGUCCAAAACCUGUCAUCGAUAAUGCCUUCUGACUCCAAAAUAAGCCACCAGCAUGCUACUGAUUUGGGAAACUCUAUGUCCAAGUCCAACUUCACGGUGUUUGAUUUAGAGAGAUUGUAUUAGCUUUGUUACUUAUUAACAGGUGUGUAAACUACAGGUUGAUAAGCUACUCCCUUAACCCAAUUCAAUACCAUUAAACUGCCACAAAGUUUAUUUUUAGAAUGAGCUUGGUUUAGCUAAAUAAAACAAUUCUUACAAAAGGCUUAUAACUGAUGUUUAGCCUCUUACUGGAUUCAGUUAUUCAAAUGUAAAUCUUGAACUGUACAUAAAACAUGAACUGGAGGAUAUGCUAAAUAGUCUAAAAUGCACGGAUGGGUGUAACAUUAUUGACUGUUAAGUGUUUGGUACGCAGGGCAGGGUUCAAAUAGUUGACAGAAGUGAAAGAUAAAAAGCCAUUUAAGCUAAUAAAGACAAAAUUAGAGCUCUACCCAUUGCAAUAGGAUUUCUUAUGGCCAGAUGGAAAAUAGUUAUGGAAGACGGAAAUAGAAGGAAGAGGAGGAAGCCAACCAAAAAGAACACUGAGUUUUUACAUGAUUCAAAUUCAGAUUAAAAUGAAGCUCACUGGGCAAAUAUUCAGAACGCUGACAUUUUCUGAAACUUUGUUUUCCAUGACAAGAUUGCUUAUGAAAAUACUCAUUCUGAGAAUGUUUUGUCUGUCACUUCAUUUCCUCAUUAUGCCCAUAGCAAAGAAAGGGAUAUUUCACAUGCAGGGAUUUUAUACAUAAAUAUAUUUUUAUUUGUAAGUAAGCCAUUCUCAAUAAAGGUUUAAAAGAGCAGAUAACCCUGUAGCAUAAUGUAGCAGCUGUAUUUAUUAACUGGUUUACUAUGCAAAAAUGCUGAAAAAUCUUUAGAGGAAGUGUUACACACUAAGCUAGAUGUAACACAGCUGAAAUUGUAAUCUGGAAUUCUUUAAAGAGUUUAAAUAUUUAUUUCAGCUAUAAAUUAAUAGUUGUUAGGCUGUAAAUUGUAUUCCUUAUGCGCUUCCUAAAUACCUACUACAUCACUUGAACUGAACAAAACAAAAUUUCAACACGUGCUAUAAACUCAAAGCAGCCCGUAUAUUGUUGUUAGAUAUCUAGGUAUGACAGCUGUUCUGUGUAUUCCACAGCCAAUGAGUAUCACAGCAGAGUGCAGCUCCUGGAAAGUAGUUUUCAGAACCCAUUCUGAGCUGAUCCCUAAUAGUAUCUCUCUGGCUUUCUGUUUGUAAUGACAGGCAUGCAACUGCACCAGCCUAGUCUGUGCUGUUUAACCAGUGUUUGUAUUUUUGUCUUGCAACAUAGCACUGAGCUGCUGGAGGUGUUAAAAGCAUCUGUCUCCAGCACUACUUCUGGACCCUGAAAGGGCCCUUCAAAGGCACUGUUUGCAACUGGGAUUGUAAUAUGUAGGGUAAAAGGAAAUAAAAAGACCAAAGUGGUCUUGCUUGAUACAUGGAAGCCUUUAGUGGGUGCAGUACACAAAGACCUUCAAACAACCAGGACACAUCAAAUGGUUGGUAAUUGAGAAGAAAAAAAAAA